AUGAACCUGAGACCAUCUUCGACAGCCACCGGAUCGUUCAAGGCUCUUCAACAUCGGUAUGCAAUGGCCUACCUUCCGGGCGACUCCUGGUUCAAGUCUUCUCGCUCAGCCUCGGCCGAGUCAUCUCCCCUCAUCUUGCACAUGCCCAAUACUUCCGUUUAUGCCCACGGAGCUUCCGACGAAGCGGAACCUGUUUUGCACAACGUAUCGUGGACAAUUCGUUCCAAUGAGGCAUGGGCUGUCAUCAACUCUGGGUUUGGUGCAAGUAAAAGAGAUAUCCUCGAAGCACUUCUUGGUCACCGCAGGUUACAUCCCUUCCCAGUGAAGGGCCUUUAUCCUUUCCUCAGUGACAAAGAUCCACAUCAUCAUGUGCGUCUUGUCUCCUUCGCGCAUAGGGAUCACUCCGCAGGAACGGGUUUCCAAGAUUACACUGCACGGUAUGGUGCACUACGCCAGGAACACAAAAGAACGUUACGCGAAGUGUAUUUUCCCGAAACAGCCCGUCCUCCGGAGCAUCUUGCUCGUCCAGAGCUAUUCAAAAAUGCAACCGGUACAGUGUCGUUAGAUGAACAUGAACGGAAGAUGAAGCACGAGUUGUUCGAACAACUAACUACCCAACUAGAACUGACAGACCUGCUCGACCUACCGGUUAUCGCGCUGAGUAAUGGCCAGACGCGUAAAGCGCGAAUUGUUCAGCAUAUUCUCAAUAGACCAUCUGUGUUAAUAUUGGACGAACCGCUAACCGGUCUGGAUGUGGGUACAAGACGUUUGCUGCUCGAUUUCCUGAAAUCCUUACAUUUCUCCGACUGUCCGCAUUCCCCUCACAUCAUCCUCGGCAUGCGUCAUCAGGAUUUGCUUCCAGAGUGGAUAUCGCAUGUUGCCCUAAUAAGCCCCCACCGCACGGUCAAGACUUGCACGAGAGAGGAUAUGAUUAGAGGAGGCCAUGCUCACCCCGUUGUACCCACUGCGAGCAAAUCACUCCACGCCAGACAGGUUUGCACCGAAGUAGUUCGCAUGGCACACCUGAACGUGAGCUAUGGCGCGCGCCACGUCCUCCGCAAUAUCAACUGGGCCAUCCGCGAGAAUUCGCGGUGGCACCUCAUGGGCGCCAAUGGCUCGGGCAAAACGACGCUCCUCGCAAUGCUCACGGGCGAGCACCCGCAGUCGUACACGCAGUCCGAGCACCUGCAGCUCUUCGGGCGGGAGCGCGACCAAUGGCCCGCCGCGAACCUCGCCCUGCGCAUCGGGCGCGUAUCGCCAGAGCUGCACAACGCGUUCCCGCGUAGGCGGGGCAUGACCGUCUGGGACGUGAUCGGCACGGGCUUCAGUGGCAACUUUGUACCGCAGGGCCGCCUGCGCAUUGGCACGAACGAGGACAGCUCUGCGAUCGUGCCUGGGUCCGCGUUGGAGCAUUACAGACUGAGGCGGAUGUGGCAGGUGCUGGAAGGGCUUGGGCCGAGAGCGUGGAAGGGCCAGAUACCUGACGGUUCGUACGAAGCCGACGAGGACAAGGAAUUUUCCAAGUGCAUGUUCGUCGACCUCUCGCCGGGCGAGCAGGGCAUUGUGCUACUCAUGCGCGCUCUGGUCGGUCAGCCGCCGCUCGUGCUGCUGGACGAGGUGUGGUCCGGGAUGGACGAGAAUAUGGUGACGGCGGCGAAGCGAUACCUGAAGGACGGCGGAGGAGGACUGUCGUCAACUCAAGCGUGUGUGGUCAUCAGUCAUUGGGAGGAUGAGGUGCCAUGGACUCGCGAGGACGGCGUGCAGAGAUACCUACUGGAAGAUGGCGAGGGGCAAGAAGUGAAUUAA